UUUCUUUUCUUUUUUUUUUUUUUGUAUAAUCACAACAUGUCUUCUUCACUUAGUGUUGCUAUUAUUGGUUCAGGGUUCAGUGGUAUUGCUGCAGCUGUUCAAGUACAGAAACAACUUGGUAUUAAGGCUACCAUUUUUGAAUCAUCUGAUGAUAUUGGAGGCACUUGGAAACAUAAUUUUUAUCCUGGUUGUGCUUGUGAUGUUCCUUCUCAUUUGUAUAGUUUAUCUUUUGCACCUAAUCCAGAUUGGUCACAUCGAUUCUCUCCUCAAGCUGAAAUUCUAGAAUACAUGCGUGGAGUGGCAAAACAAUUCAACUUGUACGACCAAACCAUCUUCAAUACUGAGGUGGUACGUGCCAAUUGGAUACAAGAAAGAAAACAGUGGGAACUGUCAUUAAGAGAAGUAGGUUCUUCUAAUGUUCAAAUCUCUUAUUUUGAUGUUGUUUUUGCUGGAUUGGGACCUCUUCGUAUUCCAAGAUACCCUGAAGAAUUCAAAUCAUUUGAAGGCAAGAUCAUUCAUACGGCCUUUUGGGAUAAUUCUGUGGAUCUCACCGAUAAACGAGUUGCUGUGAUUGGAAGUGGUGCAAGUGCUGUACAAUUGAUUCCCAAAAUCCAACCCAUUGUAUCUCAAUUAACAUCUUAUCAACGUAAUCCAACAUGGUGUCUUGUGAGAGGACAAUACAAAUAUUCUCGUCUUACCAAAUUCCUUUUCAGAUGGGUCCCUUUUUUAAUGAAGUUUUAUCGAUACACCAUCUUUCUUGGAUUGGAAUUGUUUUAUCUCAAUUUUAGACUUUUCAAUACAUUUGUCGGCAGAGCGAUUCGAAAAGCAGCCAUCAAUGAAAUGACAAAACGAUUGACCGACAAAGGAAGACCCGAUCUGGUGGAGAAGUUGAUUCCGGACUAUGAACUUGGAUGUCUUCGUAUCACUCCUUCUGAAACUUAUUUAGAAGCCUUGGCAGAGAAAAACGUCGUGGUGGAAAGAUCAGGUAUUGCUUCUGUUCAAGGUCGUACCAUUACUACUAAAGAUGGAAAUGAAUUCGAAUGUGAUGUGUUGAUUUUGGCCACUGGGUAUGAUGCUCAAGGUUACCUUGGAAAUUUGGAAGUCAAUGGUCGAGAUGGUAAAAACUUGAAUAAACUUUGGGAAGAAAAUUAUACCGCCACAUAUAAAUCAAUUGCUAUUCAUGGAUUUCCAAAUUUCUUCAUGUUACUUGGUCCAGCCUCACUUCUUGGUCAUAAUUCAGUGGUAGCCAUGGCUGAAAUUCAAAUCGAUGCUGCUAUCCGAGGUUUGAAACAAUUAGGAAAGGAUGUCAAGGCAAUUGAACCUACUGAAAAGGCCCAAAAUGAUUUUGUAUCCCAAUUGAAGAACACUUUAGGAAAAACUGUAUGGGCUACCAAGUGUAAUUCAUGGUACAAGGAUAGUAGAGGAGAGAUUUUCUCUCUAUGGUCAAGUACGGUGACAUCUUUCUAUUGGACUCUACGCAACAGUAAUUUUAAGGAUGAUUUUAUUCAAUACAAAUAGUCUUCUAUAUAGUUUAGUCAUGAUGGUUUAAAAGGUUUUUAUAUUUUACAAUAAAGUCUACAAAAGAAACAGUAUAUAUAUUUUUAAGUAACUUUUUCU